AUGAGCCCUCGACCCGGUUCGCUUUGGUUCUCACCUGGUAGGUAAUGGUUAAUACACACUAUUGCGUUGAAAAUCGCUGACCGCUGUCUCAGUUUUAGUCCUGCUCACAGCAUUGGCCCUUUGCACUUCGCCCUCGUUCGCGCACCAUCCCAGAGGCUUCUCCGACUACAUUCGCGCUGGCCUUGGCUCUGCACAUAAUGCCAACAGCACAGUGAGGUUCAAGAACGCAACCGGACCCGACGGCAAUGCAACUCAUAAUCUCGCUGCUUGUGCAACAAGUUGGGCUUCGUACUCUGCUCAGCUGUCGUCCCAUAUCUCCAAUGUGACGACGACCCUUACUCAAUACGAGGCCGUCAGCACGACGCUCGUAUAUGGCACCGGAGAUGUCUACACUACCAAGGCUGGAAUACCCAUCGCAAGCGGGAGCUUCACGCCCACCCGUUCGCUGCCCACAGUUUACAAUCUGACGUUGGAGGUGACGCUUACUACCCCCACGACUGUCCUUCCCACCGGGACGCCAAAAUGUUCGUUUUCGCCACAAGAUUGCAGUCGCCUGUACGCAUCAUACGUAUCAAGCCUGGGUCUCUCACCUAAUGCUAGUGUCCCAAAAAUAACGCCAGCUCCCUCGAACUCGCCGGUACGUAUCACUCUCCCUCUAUUGCUUGCUAGCUAUCAUCCAAGAACAGAUCUUCCAGCCAGUCAUUCGGACUCCAUACUAACAGCUCGCAGCCUUGCCCAGAAUAUUAUUACCAACCGUCUACCACUUGUAAUGUGAUCUCACAACACAAUGCCCCUGACGACUGCCACAUCUAUGGCAACAGCGUCCGAUUAUUCUACUUCCCGACUCAGACAUUCAACGCGAGCAUUGCGUCGCCAGCCCCAACGGCGCCUCCGCUUGUGUACUCUUUUGCUCCGGGAACAACCUUCACAUCGCCCUCAGUUUACUUGUCCUUCGAUUACCUCUCUGGCCAACGUCUCAUCCAAUCCAAUGGCAACUCCUAUUGUACUACAUGCAAUCAACAAGGAUGUCAGCAGAUGGCCGUGGAUGGUGGCUUGGGCAUCAAGAAAGAGGGAACCACGAUUCCCGGUCAACUUAUCAGUAGGUUGCACGAGAUGUAUCGCAAGUGCCAGGCGCUAACGUCGGCCAGCACUCGCGCCCGGGGAGGUAAAGAGCGUAGUCAUGGACUACAGCCCGUCCAACGCGUCAAGCACGAUUGACAUUCUGGCACAUGGUCUGCCAGCCUACUCCAGCGCAAUGCAAGCGUUCUUCGAGAGUAGUCUAGCUGGCCAAGUGGCGUACAAGUCUUUGGCCUUCGAGGACUACAGACACCCACCGCCCGAAGCAUAUUACCUCCAGCCGACGCCUGCAUCAGGAUGCAACUUCACAACGCCCGAUCCGCAGUGCAGUACUGUUUUCGAAGGCCAAUAUCGAGCUCUGAUCUCGCUUCCAUCGGAAGUCACUGGCUUGCAAGGUCCAUGGAAGUCUUGCACUCCAGUGAUCUAUGGCGUCUACGAUCCACCCAUUGCUUUGACUGAGGCUUCGUUCGCCGCUGGAAUUACUAUGCCCCCUGGAAGCGCGCAUUCAGAUAACCCGAAUGCCCCUUCGCCCGAGCAACCUGCUGCAGCUCCGUCUCUCCCGCCCGGUAUCACGGUUCCAAAGACGGCGCCCGGCCCUGUGCAGACGCAAGGACCUACUUAUAUCCCUCCAGCCGAGUCUGCUGUAUUGCCUUCAGCUGGCAAUCCUUCGAAUCCAGACUCACAAGCAUCGAGCAACUCAGACGGCUCUGGUCUUGGAGUACAAGGAAAUGGCUCGCCUGGCGAGUCAGGUCAAGCACUACAUCCGCCGACGCCCGGCCCUAUGCAGACGCCAGGUCCUACUGAUAUACCUUCGGCCGGAUCUGCUGCAUUACCUUCAGACGGCAAUCCUUCGAAUCCUGACUCACACGGAUCAAGCAAUUCCGACGGCUCUGGGUCCGACGUACAAGGUGAUGGCGCGUCUGGCCAGUCAGGUCAAGCUCCACAACUGGCCUACGAUACACUCGGUACGACGAGUAGCGGAUCCAACAGCGAUGGGUCGGGACAAAGCGAUGGGAAUCCUUCCAGCCUUGGACAAGGCGACAAUAGCCCUUCAGGCUCUGGGCAAGGCGAGAUCCAGAGUUCUCCGAAUGGCAACAGCAAUAGCGAAGGCAACGGCGACGGCAAUAGCAAUGGUAAUGGCAAUGGCCAUAGUUACGGCGACGGCAGUGGCAACGGCAAUGGCAACGGCCAUAGUUACGGCAAUAGUUACGGCAACGGCAACAGCGACGGCGAAGUCAAUAGCAACGACAAUGGUUACGGCAACGGCAACGGCAACAGCGACGGUAAUGGCAGCGGCACCGGCACCGGCACUGGCACUGGCAGUGUGAACAACAUUGGUGGUAGCAACAGCGAUGCCAAUGGUAGCGGUACCGGCAGCGGCAGCGUGAACAGCAAUGGUGGUAGCAACAGCGACGCCAAUGGCAGCGGUACCGGCAGCGGCACUGUGAACAACAACGGCGGUAGCAACAGCGACGUCAAUGGCAGCGGUACCGGCAGCGGCAGUGCGAACAACAAUGGCGGUAGCAACAGCGAUGCCAAUGGUAGCGGUACCGGCAGCGGCAGUGUGAACAACAACGGUGGUAGCAACAGCGACGCCAAUGGCAGCGGUACCGGCAACGACCUUGAAGCGUCCACAGGUGGAAGCAAUAGCAACCACCCAGCAUCUGGUAGGCAUAGUGCCACAGGCACAUCAGCCGCACCAACAGAAUCUGGCGCAGCGGCAACGGGUACUUCGAACACAGGACAUUCCGUCGCAUUUCCAGAUAUCUGGCUUGCUCUGCUUGGUUUGCUGGCUAUUCAUCUGGCGGUCCCCUGAAAUGAACACCACAACACUGGAUUGCGAACACCUAUUGCCGCACAAUGGAAGCGGGCUCUUCCACUCCUCGGCGUCGACAAGCCGCGCGACUGUCGCCAGACUAGCGCCCGAGCAACACUCACUCGAGCUGUAGGCCCCAAAUCAUGGCCACCGUACGCGCCAUACAGCACUCCGGCCAAGAAAUCCGGUCCCAUGGGCGGAGUACCGAUCUGGAUGGGACAUCUCUUCACUCCCAGUUGA